AUGAAGAGACCUAGAGAAGAAGAUUCUUUUGCUUACAUAAAAUCUGUUCAAAAAACACCAAAAUACCAUGAAUUCCUUCAAGUGAUGAAAGAAUACAAGUCCUCGCCAACUUACGACACCACCAAUGUGGAGUUCGUAACUACAAGGAUCAAGGAAAUCUUUAGAGAUCAUUCAAACCUUAUUCAUGGAUUUAACAUGAUAUUCUUGCCUGAAGAACAUGCAAUUGAAGACGAUUUUUGUGCUGAUCAGCAGAAUAGGGUUUUGAAAUCUACAAAAAGGGUUGAAGCAGAAGACUCCAAUAAGGCGAUGUCUUUAUAUGAAGGUGAUUAUUAUCGAAACUACAGAUUCUUUGAGAAAGUCAUGAGGAAGGAGAGGUUUACAAAUCCUGAUGAUUGCAAGAAAUACUUGAAGUGUCUUUAUCUUUAUAGCAAAAAGAGAAUUUCAGAAGGUGAAUUGAAAGAUAUGGUUGGUGGUUUGCGGCAAUAUGGAUGUGUCGCGUUUCCAAGAACAGCGAAUAAUGAUAAAGUGCAGCAAGAACCCCAAAAGGAUGAAAGGGAGAUAGGUUCGGAGUCUCCAGUGCAGAAAGAACCCCAGACGGAUGAAAGGGAGAUAGGUUCUGAAUCUCCAGCAUCAAAAUUGGAGGAACCCAUGAUUGACCGUCUCAUGAAGUGCGAAAAAGAUAACCCAAGUUAUCAGCUUUCGACUGAGAGAAUUUCAGCUAGCGGAAGGACGGAACUUGGAGUUGCAGUACUGAAUGAUUCUUGGGUUUCUGCAGAGAGUAGUACCACAGGUGGUGAUACAUACCGUUGCAAGAAAAAUGCUUACGAAAAGAACCUGUUUAUAUUCGAAGAUGACAGAUGCGAACGCGAUAGGCAGUUUGAGUUGGUUAAAGGUACUAUUCAGAUUGUCCAGGAAUUGGAAGGAAAUAUUGCGGAUGACAAAGUCAGCCCGGAAAGUAUAAGCUUCGAGGAUCACUUUAAAGUGCUACAGCUUGGGUGCAUUAAAAGAUUGUACAAUGAAUCUUGGCAGGAUGUUGUGGAUGCGUUAAGGAAGGAUGCAAAAUCUGUAUUUCCUGGUAUAUUAACUCAAUUGCAGGAAAAACUAAAGGAGGCCACAAGUCGUCUGUCAGUAACUUACAAAAAGAAAAUGAAUGCAGUUUAUUCAAAGAACUUCAGAAAAUCUCUGGAUUACGGCAACUCCUCCGGUGGCGAGCAGCAGGAAACAACGAGUUCUAAAGACGAUGCAUCUACUUCUUGUUGUCCGAAUCUUUUAGCUGAGCCAACAACAUAA